GACCUGGAGGAUAUAGAAUUUAAAUAUUCUCUCACAAGUAUAUGGUAGAGCUAAAGAAGACAAGCAAGGGUCAUCUGAAAUUGUAAUUGGCUCACUAAUAAUCGCAGGACAAAGUUGGAAAUAACUACUCAAGCAUAAGACGCUACCAAGAUGUUUGAUAUAAAGGCUUGGGCCGAGUCCGUUGUGGAAUGGGCUGCAAAGGACCCAUAUGGCUUCCUUACAACGGUUAUUUUGGCCCUUACUCCAUUGUUUCUAGCAAGUGCUAUACUGUCCUGGAAAUUGGCCAAGAUGAUUGAAGCCAGGGAAAAGGAACAAAAGAAGAAACAAAAACGUCAAGAAAAUAUUGCAAAAGCUAAACGACUAAAGAAGGACUGAAGGAAUGAACAGGCUCUAUAACCAGAGAAAAAUCACUUGGAAAAUUAAGCAGCUUUGGAAGGACCCACUGAGGUUUCUUUUCUGAUUUUUAUGACAGUAAUUUGUAGUCAAUGAAGUCUGAGCACAUGGAAGGAUCAUGUUAGCUGUGACCUCUACUACUGCAACUUUUAGGCUUUGGUGUAGAAGUCUGUUGACAGUUAUUGUAAAUUGGCAUUUAUUCUAUAAAUUCUUUAUAACUGACUUAGUCAUUUGCCAUUUUGCAGCUUAUGUACUGAAACGAAAACAUCCUGUGGAGAGAAAUGACUAUACAUUAUGAAUUCUUUUCAAAUAAUGGCUUAGAAUGGGGCCCUUUCGGGACGAAAGGAGUUAAGAAUGUAAAAAUCAAAACUGUCCUGAGGUGAAAAGUGCGCUUUGGCUUAAAAGGCAUAUAGUAUAUUAAUUAUAUCUUUUAUCAUUAUUACUUAUUCCUUGGAAUAGAAUCAUUUCUGGCUUUCUCAAAGCCACAUAUUAACUAAUGACUUUUUGAGUUCUGCAUUUUCUCAUUUUAACCUUUGAGCUAAUUAUCAGACAUUCUGCAUUUUUUAAAAUCUAAUUUUAUAAAGAAUUCUCUUAUUGACUAUAUAGAAUACCACCUACCAGAUAUAACAGUUUUUGUACUUACGAACACUGCAAUUUUCUUAGAGAUGUCUUGUUGAGUAGAAUAACACUAUGAUUUAAAGCUUGCAGUAAAAAUGCCAAACCUUGUGUUACCUUGGAACCAGUUUACUCUUUCUUGUGCUAAGUAGAAAUGUGAAGUAGUUAAAAUGUCUUAUCAGAUAAUUUGCUCAUUAUAUAGAUGCCAUUUUUGUGUUUUUUAUUCCAUUCUUUGUUUUAACUUACCUAGUAGUGAUAUUCUGCUUUCUGAUGAAACAGGUUCAUGGUGAAAAUUAAAAUUUCAAAUUUCUUUUAAGGAAUUCUUAAAAAGUAAUAGUUAAGUCGUAACUCAUAAGUGGUAAAGAAAGGUUUAACAUUUGGAAAAAUUUUGGUCAUCAUACCAGUAAUUGGAUGAAAAAGGUAAAUUGUGUCAAAAUGAGAUAUGUGUUAAAAUUAGAAAUAAAGAGCUAAAGGAUCUUUCCUUUAGUUAAGUAGAUAACUGGAACUUUUUACUAUUAAAAAGGCUUUUAUAAAUGC